AUGGUUGUUACAGCAGUCAUAACGGAAGAUACCAAAUAUCUGCAUCUCAAGGCAGAAAAGCCCAAUCUGAAGCUUCCACAUGCAGACGCCACGACUGGACGCGUUGUACCGAUUCAACAUGCUCCAGGUAGCAACGUGGAUUUCGGCGCCGAGAUUUAUGGAAUCGACUUGAACAACUUCACAGAUGCGGAUUUCGAACUCAUUUCGGAUGCAUUGCAUAAAUGGAAACUGCUGGUCUUCAAAGAGCAACCCGACAUGUUGAAGCCCCAGCAGCAGUAUCUACUCACGGCAAACUUCGACCCUAAUGAAACCACGGGUGGCUUUGCUCACGGCCACGACCCUUUUCUCACGCAUCACAAUGGUACCGACUUUUACGGCAUCCCUAAACGACCGGCAAUUCCAGUACAGCCGCAAGUUCAUAUUCUCGGUCGUGGUCCGGUUCCUGACGGUCACUUUGGCUUUCCACCCGGUUUUGAAGUCCAGGGUAUUAAUCAUGAGGAAUUUCACCUGCCUCCGCAUAUCCCCACUGAAGAGCGUGAAGCGGGUGCGUCGCGCUUUUAUCAGUGGCAUUUCGAUGGGUCUUUGUACGACAUUCCCCCGCCACGAGUAGGCUGUCUUCUUGCUGUGCGCACACCCAAGGGCCCAGACGUGACUGUACGAUGGGAGGAUGAGUGUGGCACGGAGAUGAAAAUGGCACCUGGUUCGACAGCAAUGGUAGCCGGUAGUCGUGCACUAGCACUUCUCGACGAGGAUACAAAGAGCAUUGUGAUGAACAGCAAGAUCGAAUACGCGCCUCAUGCGUUCGUCUGGAUGUCCAAAGCACACAGCACGCGGCUCGGCCACUCGCUCGAAACAGAGGGCCUCGAAAUGCCGCUCGCCGACCUCCCAAAGUGGGAUCAAGACAAAAUCUGCAUCUAUCCCAUGGUAUGGACGAACCCGAAGACAGGCGAAAAAUCACUCCAAGUACACGGUCAAGGGGCUUUCAAGCUGCAUCUCAAAAGCAGUCCGGACGGACCCGAAACGAUUGUAGAUGAUCUCGAGCAAGUCCGCUCGUUUAUGGAUAGGAUCAUGCGACCGGUGCUGCAGCCCGAGAAUAUCUACGCUCACCCGCACAAGGAACAGGAUGUCAUUUUAUGGUACAACCGGGCGCUUUGGCAUAGCAUUACUGAGUUUCCAAAGUCGUAUGGACCGCGUAUUAUGCAUCAGUGCAAUAUUGCAGCGAGCGACCAUCCUUCGGGAUGA